AUGCCCGUAGCCCUGGGCAGCACAAAUUCCCCUAUCCCACGCAUCUCUCUUUCCCAUGGGCUCCGCCUUUUUUUUUGGAGUGCCAACGCGCACCUUGCAGCGGAAACCGAACCACAUGCCAGAAUACAUGUUGAUCAGCAAAGCUUUUCCUUUUUCAAAGUGAGGAACCGUCCUUGCCACAGCAGCGGGCGCUGGAACAAACUUCGGAAGUGGGCAGUGCGGGAAGAAUGGCCUCAAGGAAGUAUAGGGGAUGAACCUGACCUAUUAUUGCGGGGAAAACCGAGCGCAGCAGAUGGCAGAGAAGCCGGGCACGCUAACAUUUGCACGGCCUUCAAUGGCAGUCGGGGUUUUUGUUACCCCAUUUGGCUCGGGCCAAAAUGCAAUAUGCUGUCGCGCAAGAUAAUAGAGAUUCCAUUUUAA